UCUGUCUGUCCCCGCGGACUCGUGCGCUUUGUGGCUUGCGGUUAUUCUUCACGCUGCCUAGCUGCUAACUUCGACGCUAACCUUGAUUGAGCGAUACUGGAUAUCCAUCCUAGCGGGGCGUCCCCUGCUUGCGCUUCUUCGAUACCUCCCAAGUUCAUCUCGCGAUCCAUCAGUAUCCUCGCAGUCGUCUGCCCCGAAAGGCUCUUCAGUCCCUCCUUUGUCCCUUUCCGCCCUCUCUCCCAUCGAUACCCGCUCUGUCGCAUUCCUGUCCAUCUUGCCCGUUCCAGAUGCGCACAUAGCAGCCCUUCGAGCCUUUCACCCUUCCACCCGCCGCCACAAUGGCCGCAGAGACGUACUCGAGCGUCUCAGCCAUCAUCCGCAACCUCGCCCGCCAACACGACCCUACGCGAGACCCCAGCUUCAGCGCACAAGUUUCUGCCAACGGAGCCAAGACGGCUGCAAAUGCCAUCGCGCUGCCAGGCCCGGAGAGCGAGGAGAAGACGCAACUAGAGCAGGAGCUGUCGGCGCUAUGCUCAAGAAUAGACUUUCUCGAGCACAAGAGCAGCCAUGCUCCAAACCAGCAGGGCCAGUUCCCUCUGACACCCGCACAAGAGCCGCCCGAGGAGGGCGCGUUAUAUACUCCAGCAGGAGUCUUCCGCGGCAAUAGCGGCCCACCCGCCCAAGGACGUCGUGGAUCCAACAAGGAGCGCGCCAUCUGGGUCUCCAACUGGCUCGCCGCCAAGGAGUCGAAUGGCGACCCAGAACAGCCCGCGGCAGCCCUUACCGAAGAGCAGCUCAACUACCUGCGAGUGCACUUGAACCAGCAAGCCGACCAGAUUAGAAACCAGCGCGAGCACAUUGACAACCUAAGCCAGGAAGUGAAUAAGCAACUAACGACACAGAGCAUGGUAUUCGAACAUGGCAUUGAGGACAUCGGCGCACUGAAAAGGGAACUCGGCAAGCAUCAACAGGCCAACCUGGCUUUCCAAAAGGCACUGCGGGAAAUCGGCGCCAUCGUCACUGCCGUCGCUAUGGGUGACUUGAGCAAGAAGGUCUUGAUUCAUGCUAAGGAGAUGGACCCUGAAAUCACCCUGUUCAAGCGCACGAUCAACACCAUGGUGGACCAGCUCCAGGAGUUUGCCAGUCAAGUCACGUUCCUCGCUCGAGAGGUCGGUACCGAAGGCAGAUUGGGCGGUCAAGCCAACCUACCAGGAGUUGCUGGUAUUUGGGCUGAGCUGACUGACAGUGUUAAUGGGAUGGCCAAGAAUCUUACCGACCAGGUGCGAGAGAUCGCCGUAGUCACAACCGCUGUCGCUAUGGGCGAUCUCAGUCGUAAGAUUGAGCGUCCGGCCCGAGGAGAAAUCUUGCAGCUGCAACAGACGAUCAACAGCAUGGUGGAUCAACUGCAAUCAUUUGCUACCCAGGUCACCAAAGUCGCUAGAGAUGUCGGAACUGAAGGCAAGCUUGGUGGUCAGGCUGAGAUUGCUGGCGUCAAGGGCAUGUGGAACGAAUUGACAGUGAAUGUGAACGCCAUGGCUCAAAACCUCACCACCCAGGUGCGAGACAUCGCCCAGGUCACAACGGCCGUCGCACAGGGUAACCUCACACGGAAGGUCGAAGCCGAAUGCAAGGGUGAAAUCUUGGAACUCAAGAACACAAUCAAUCGCAUGGUGGACCAGCUGCAGCAGUUUGCUCACGAAGUCACCAAGAUUGCGCGAGAGGUCGGAUCUGAGGGUCGACUUGGUGGACAGGCUACAGUGCAUGGCGUUGAGGGUACCUGGAAAGAUCUCACUGAGAAUGUGAACGGUAUGGCCAUGAACCUCACAACACAAGUGCGAGAAAUCGCCGAAGUCACUACAGCCGUCGCAAGAGGAGAUCUCAGCAGGAAGGUCAAGGCAGAAGUUCAGGGUGAGAUUUUGUCACUUAAGAUUACCAUCAACACCAUGGUGGACCGCUUGAACACGUUUGCACAAGAGGUUAGCAAGGUCGCCCGUGAGGUCGGAACCGACGGUAUUCUGGGCGGCCAAGCACAGGUCGACAACGUUGAGGGCAAGUGGAAGGAUCUGACCAACAAUGUCAACACUAUGGCUCAGAAUCUCACGCUGCAAGUACGAAGUAUUUCCGAGGUCACCCAGGCCAUCGCCAAGGGAGACAUGAGCCGCAGAGUUCACGUGGACGCCGAGGGAGAGAUCCGAUUACUCAAAGACACCGUCAACGACAUGGUUAUGAGACUCGACGAAUGGUCUCUAGCUGUGAAGCGUGUAGCUCGCGAUGUAGGCGUAGACGGAAAGAUGGGCGGUCAAGCAGACGUGAGAGAUAUCGACGGCCGAUGGAAAGAAAUCACCACAGACGUCAACACCAUGGCCCAGAACCUUACGUCACAAGUGCGUGCUUUCGGUGACAUCACCAACGCUGCAAUGGAGGGCAAGUUCACUCAAAUCACCGUCGAGGCUUCUGGUGAGAUGGAUGAAUUGAAGAGGAAGAUCAACCAGAUGGUGUCCAGUUUGCGAGAGAGUAUUCAAAGAAACACGGCUGCGAGGGAAGCAGCCGAGUUGGCCAACAAAACAAAAUCCGAGUUCCUCGCCAACAUGUCUCACGAGAUCCGAACGCCCAUGAACGGUAUCAUUGGAAUGACCCAACUUACGCUCGACACCGACCUUACGCAUGCGCAACGAGAGAUGUUGACCAUUGUUCAUAAUCUGGCUGGUCAAUUACUGACAAUCAUCGACGAUAUCCUUGAUAUCUCCAAGAUCGAGGCGAACCGCAUGGUAAUGGAAGAGAUUCCAUUCUCAAUGCGCGGCACUAUAUUCAACGCACUCAAGUCAUUAGCAUCAAGAGCCAACGAGCGGAAGUUGAACCUUGCUUACGACGUCUCUUACAAGGUGCCCGACUACGUUGUUGGUGAUUCCUUCAGGUUGAGGCAGAUCAUUCUCAACCUGGUUGGUAACGCUAUCAAGUUUACUGAGCUCGGAGAAGUCAAGGUGGCUAUAUCCAUGGCGCAAGAACAAGAAUGCGACCCAGAUCACUAUGUGUUCCAAUUUGCCGUUUCCGACACCGGAAUAGGUAUCCGUGGCGAUAAGCUCAAUCUUAUUUUUGACACCUUCCAGCAGGCGGACGGCUCGACAACAAGAAAGUUUGGAGGCACUGGACUCGGUCUGUCUAUCUCCAAACGUCUCGUCACUCUCAUGGGUGGUCGCAUGUGGGUCGAAUCAGACGUUGGCAAGGGCAGUGUGUUCUACUUUACAUGCAAAGUGCGUCUCGGCAAGCCGGCAAUUCAAGCCAUUCAGCCUCAGCUCGUGGCAUACAAGCAGCACACGGUUCUCUUUGUCGACCAAGGCAACACUGGGUUCUCGGAUCAAAUUAUCGAGCACCUUAAGACACUCGAUCUUGUGCCUAUGGUGGUUCACUCGGUUGAGGAGGUACCCGAGACGACGAAGAGGACUGACAUGCCGUACGACUGCGUCAUUGUCGACAAUGACAAGACGGCACGGGAGCUUAGGAUUGCGGAACGCUUCAAGUACAUUCCUCUCGUCAUGCUCACGCCACACGUAUGCAUCAGCCUCAGGUCUGCGCUAGAAAACGGUAUCUCGAGCUAUAUGACGACGCCCUGUCUACCAAUCGACUUGGGCAAUGCGCUCAUUCCGGCACUUGAUGGCCGUGCCGCACCUCUGGUCUCAGACCAUUCCAAAUCGUUCCAGAUUCUUCUGGCCGAAGACAAUGCUGUCAAUCAGAAGCUUGCCGUCAGGAUUCUGGAGAAGUAUCAUCACAGAGUCACUGUGGCUAACAACGGUCUUGAGGCCUUUGAACACAUUCAAAAGAAGCGUUACGAUUGCGUACUUAUGGAUGUGCAAAUGCCAGUCAUGGGUGGUUUCGAAGCCACGGCGAAGAUCCGUGAAUGGGAACGCGACAACGGCAUUCCUUCAACACCAGUCAUUGCACUGACGGCGCACGCCAUGGUUGGCGAUCGCGAGAAGUGUCUCGCUGCACAGAUGGACGACUACCUUUCCAAACCUCUACGCCAAAACCAACUCAUCCAAACAAUCCUCCGGUGCGCCACAGUCGGCAGUACAAUGUACGACCAUUCCAGCGAGCCACGCUACACAGCGUCAUCCCACCUCCCCAACAUUGCUCUUCCCGCAAAGGGUAACGACAAUGGAGGCGCGUCAUCAUCAUCUGGGGGACUGCCUAGUCCCGGCAAGAAGCGCCCACAGCUCGAUACACGAGGCUUCACAGAACGAGGUGGUGGGGCACAGAGCCCAAAUCUUCUGGCGGUGGAUCAGACGGAUAAUGGCAGUGUCGAGAGAGUACGUUCCUUGUCCGCUAGUUUGUGAGUAAAUUGACCCUAAUAUGUGUGUGUUGUAGCUUUUGCUGCGGAGUCAUAGUAGCUGAGUUUGUGACCUUUCAAGGAAGAGGAGAAGGCUUGAUUAGAAGCC